AUGUCUCUUGAACACUCGGGGAUGUUUCUUGGACAAUCGGAAAUUUCGGACGGGCUUGCACUAGAAAACAACCGAGAGGAGCAUCGAGGCUUGAAUGUAAGGGUCUCCGGUGCAAGAGCCUUCGGUGGAAUACUGACGGAUGCUGCUGAGGGAGUAGUAGAGGCUGCUGGGCCUGUUGCUGGGGCUAUUGCUGCUGGGCCUAUUGACUGGACUGCAAGCACUAGCGGGUGGUGGUGGGCUGCACUAACUCUAAGUACGGUCAUCCGUGCAAGAGGUUCUAGUGAAGCACUGGUGCGUUCUGAUGAAGCAGUGGAGACUGCUACUAGUAGGCCUAUUGCUGGGCCUGUUGCUGGCUCUUGA